AUGUUGAACCAACAAAGUGUAAGCAUCGGAAAUCUUGUAAUCAUGCCAGGUGUGAACGUAGUCAUCAAGAAGCCUCGCCAUUUCUUCACUAACUACACUGUUGAAGACAUAAACAAAAGAGUUUUAAAAGCGGGUGAAAAUUUAAAUAUAGUUUACUCCGUAUUAUCAAAUGCGAUCGGAGUUGCCUUUACAAAUAACGAAUUACUAAGCCUUGCCAACAUUGUUAGCAAUCGAUUGGGUAUUUAUAUAGAUAGAAUGGCGAAGAGAAAUAAGAACGCGUUGAUGUGUUGGUUCUCGGAGAAUUGGAUGAUGAUAUAUCCAUACAUCAGGAAACAAAUGUCGAAAGACUAUAGCAUUAAUCACAAACGAAUCAACGAGAACAACAACACUGAACAUCUUUUCACUACAUUUGAUCCUACUGAUGUUCUUCAACUUCUCAAUAAGCACUGA